ACACGCCUCGCUUCCUCUCCAUCAGGCGCGCCCCCGGAGCCAGGCGCGUUCUUGAGAAAAAGGAAAAAGGGAGAAAAGGAGGUGAAGCCGCCGUCUUCUUCGUUUGCUGCUGCACCAUCUUCAUCAUCACCAUCAUCCCCCCCGCCCCCUGCUCUCCCCCUCCCCCCAGUGAAGGCAUGAGCAGUUAUAGCAGCGACAAAAGAGAGAGUGUGUGGUAGAGAGACCUUGAGGCGGGCAGAGGGACAAAGAGGGAGAGGACUGGGCUGCAGAGCUCCAGAGCGGAGAAGAAGAGGAGGAAGAGGAGACGGCGGAGCCUCCAUCAGCAUCGUUCUCCAAAAUGACUGUGAAGAACACCUCUGAAGCUGUGUCACUGUGAAGAGUCUUCAGCACCGACCUGCAGCUCUCUGAGUGGAGACGCAUGAGCUGCUAUCAGAUGGAGGGAAAUGUGACUGAAAAACGCCAUCGAACAAGGUCCAAAGGGGUCAGAGCUGCCGUGGAAGCAGUCACACAGGAGUUAUUCAGCUGUCCAACGCUGGGCUGUGACGGCAGCGGCCAUGUCAGCGGGAAGUAUGCUAGACACCGCAGCAUAUAUGGCUGUCCACUGGCUAAAAAGAGGAAGACUUCGGACAAACAACCACUGGAACCAGCUGCUAAGAGAAGACCCUUCCUCUCUCCAUGCCCCAGUCAGGAAAUAGAUGAGAACGCCAGCACCUUCACCAGCUACCAGAAUGACUCCAUGAAGACUGGACUGGAAGGGGAGGAGCAAAGGGAGGUAGCAGAGGAUGAGGAAGAGGAGGAAGAAAAAGAGGUAGAUGAAGAAGGGGAGGUAGAAGACGACUUCUCAGAGGAUAAUGAGGAGCAGGGGGAUGAAGAGGAGGAAGAAGAGGAGAGAGGAACCAUGAGAAUAAGGGAUGAACACGAGGAGGAAGAAGAGGUCAGAGGGGCGGAUGAGGAUGAUGACGUUGAUGACGAGGAACAGGAGGAUGAAGAGGAUGAAGAGCAGAUGAAGAACUGCCAGCAGACAGUGAAACAGUACAAACCCAACGGACAAUCAAAGCUCGGUCCAGCUGAGAGGGACAGCAACAACAACAGCUGUGGUCCUGGGAACAGCACUGGAGAGGAGUAUGAGAACUAUGACGAGCUGGUCGCCAAGUCUCUGCUCAACCUUGGCAAGAUUGCAGAAGAUGCAGCCUACCAGGCCAUGACUGAGUCAGAGAUGAACAGCAACUCAUCCAACAGCGCUGGGGAGGACGACGAGGACGAUGCCAGUGAACAGGGGGACAGGAAGGGUGAGCUGAGUGUGGACCUGGACAGUGACGUGGUCCGGGAAACCGUGGAUUCCCUGAAGCUUUUGGCUCAGGGCCAUGGUGCCAUCCUACCUGAAGAUGGCUACCCAGAUGCUGCCAUGAUGUAUGAUGGGAAACAUGCAAAUGGAGCACCUUGCAUGAGGGGGAAGACUCGGGACAGCGGAGAGGAGGUGUGUCUGAGCAGUCUAGAGUGUCUAAGGAACCAGUGCUUUGAUCUGGCCCGGAAACUGAGUGAGACCCAGCCCUCUGAUCGCCCCAUCCUCCACUCCCUCCAAAACCAAUCCGUCAGCCCAGCAGACCAGCAGGCCGUGCAUCACCUCAACAGGUGUGUGACUGGUUACAGGUAUGACAGCAGCCAUCAAAAUGCACAGGAGGAGCCCAGACUUCUGGAUCGUCGUUACUCAGACAUGGUAAACUUAAUGAAGCUAGAAGAACAGCUGAGCCCAGCAUCCAGAGGUUACCCAACCAGCUGCAGCCAAGAAGGCGAUGAGGACACCACAUCCAUAGCCUCCGACCACUCUGACGAGACCUUUGACAUGGCCAAGGGAAACUUGUCCUUGCUGGAGAAGGCCAUUGCUCUGGAAUCAGAGAGGGCAAAGGUCAUGAGGGACCGUAUGGCCUCAGAACACACAAUACCCCGCCGGGAUCAGCACUAUCACCGCAGCCACGGUGAGCACAGCCCCAGGCUGAGCAGCGCCGCCGAGGAGCGCAAGUCCAGGAUGCAGCAAGAUGGACUGAAGAGAGCGUACUACCCUAAAGAUUCUUCCAGAGGUGAAAAGAAGGAGAGCAAGUGUCCGACACCCGGCUGUGAUGGUACUGGUCAUGUGACGGGCCUGUACCCUCAUCACCGCAGCCUUUCUGGGUGCCCCCACAAAGACAGGGUCCCGCCUGAGAUCCUUGCCAUGUAUGAAAAUGUUUUAAAGUGCCCUACUCCCGGCUGCUCUGGACGGGGUCAUGUCAAUAGCAACAGGAAUUCGCACCGCAGUUUGUCGGGCUGUCCCAUUGCUGCCGCAGAGAAGAUGGCAAAGGUGCACGAAAAGAGUCACUCAGCUGACAGCAGCAAGGCCAACCAGACAUCAGACCGGGUCCUCAGGCCAAUGUGUUUCGUUAAGCAGCUGGAGAUUCCUCAAUACGGCUACAAAAACAACGUUCCCACCAGCACACCACGGUCCAACCUGACCAAGGAGCUGGAGAAAUACUCCAAGACCAGCUAUGACUACGGAGGCUAUGACAGCCAGCAAGGGAGCUACGGCAAGAGAGGCUCAACAACCAAGUCCCACCAUGGGCGCGACACCUCCCCAAAGGGAUACGACGCAAAGCGCUACGGGAAGACGAGCCCCGCCAGCAGCACCACCAGCAGCUACGCCCCCAGCAGCAGCAGCCUGAGCUGUGGGGGAGGAGGGGGUGGAGGAGGCAGCAGUGCCAGCAGCACCUGCAGUAAGAGCAGCUUUGACUACACCCAUGACAUGGAGGCGGCCCACAUGGCAGCCACAGCCAUCCUCAACCUGUCCACCAGGUGUCGAGAGCUCCCAAACGCCCUGGGAGGGAAGCCUCAGGACCUGCUAUCACAGAGUCCAGUUGGUGAUCUGGAUGAUGGCAGUGAGAUGGACCUGGAGGGUCAGCCUGGUGGUCCAGAGGGCAGCGGGACAGUGCUGACACCCCUGCAGCCAAUGUCGCCGCAGCGACACGCUCUGCUCAGCAGCCGCUGCUACCAGCUGAGCAACAACGACUGCUGGGACCUGCCGGUGGACUACACCAAAAUGAAGCGACUGGGGGACGAGCACAAGGAGUCUGCUUGUUUCUCCUCCAUGCUCCAGAGCGACGAGCUGGAUCCCUUCCAGGAGCUGCUAGAAGAGCAGCGGUACCCGGCAGAGGUGACCACGCCCAGCCCCAAACACCACAAAUACUCACCUUGCAAGGAGAGCAAGAAAGAGCUCAUCACCCUGUCCAGUUGUCAGUUGAUUGACAAAAAUAUCCGAAACAUGUUGCCGACCAACUCCCAGGAGCUGCGGUGUCCAACUCCGGGCUGUGAUGGCUCAGGACACAUCACUGGAAACUAUGCUUCUCACAGGAGUUUGUCCGGAUGUCCACGAGCAAAAAAGAGCGGCAUUAAAAUCCUGCAAAGCAAAGAGGAUAAGGACGAGCAGGAGCCAAUCAAGUGUCCAGUUCCUGGCUGUGACGGACAGGGUCAUGUGACGGGAAAGUACGCCUCUCAUCGCAGCGCGUCAGGAUGCCCCCUGGCCGCAAAGAGGCAGAAAGACAGCUAUGUCAAUGGUUCUCAGUUUGUGUGGAAAUCUGGGAAGACAGACGGCAUGACAUGUCCAACUCCAGGCUGCGACGGCUCCGGACACGUUAGCGGGAGCUUCCUGACCCACCGGAGUCUGUCCGGCUGUCCUCGUGCCACUUCAGCCAUGAAGAAGGCCAGGAUGAGCGGUGUGGAGAUGCUGACAAUCAAGCAAAGAGCAAGCAAAGGCAUUGAAAACGACGAGGAAAUCAAACAGCUUGAGGAAGAAAUUAAAGAUCUGAAUGAGUCCAACAAUCAAGUGGAGUCCGACAUGAUCAAACUGAGGACACAGAUCACCACCAUGGAGACCAACCUGAAGUCCAUGGAGGAGGAGAACAAGGCAGUGGAGCAGCAGAACGACUCGCUGCUGCAUGAGCUCGCCAACCUCAGCCAGUCACUCAUCAACAGCCUGGCCAACAUCCAGCUGCCGCACAUGAGACCGCUGCCACAGAAAGAGGCCCCAGUAAAGCAUAGCUGCUGUUUACAGAUGCCUCCCAGAGAACCUAUGAAUGAGCAGAACUUUGACACGUAUGUGAGCACACUGACAGACAUGUACACCCACCAGGAUCAGUACCAGAGUCCAGAGAACAAGGCGCUGCUGGAGAACAUCAGGCAGGCCGUUCAGGGCAUCCAAGUCUGAGCCAGGCCACGCCCCCAAACCGAACUGGGAGCAAAGACAGUCUCAUGCUGCUGUCAUCAGCGCUCUGCGUCCAUCUGUGUUUCUUUCUGUUGGUUGUUGCCUUGCUUUAAAGAAACUUGUUUUCAACAUUUUGAACAUGUCCAUGUGAUUUAAUGGGGAAUUCUGUUCAUAGCUGCUGAUGUGUUCUGCUGUACACUUCUUUAUGUAAGCCUGAAUCAUUUGAUGUUUAACGUGAAAACACUGAACACAGAGAGAAUCUCUGAUGUCUCAGAACAUUGCUGUAAAUUUAGGAGAAGGAGCGUGUCAAACAAUGCACGGAAACCCUCUGGUGCCCUCCUGAGUGGUGCUGUUCCUGUCCUGCGGGUGCGAGUUUCCUGAAGGGACUGCCGAAAAUGUGGGAGACAAUCUGCCAUUGUGAGUUUAUUUAAAGUCACCAAACCUGAGCAGCUAACGGGCAGCGUGUCAGCAAUAUCCGUUUGAUGAGACUGAAUAGUUCAUUAGAUGCAAUCUAUAUGGAAAGAAGUGUUUGGGUAUAUGCAAUUUCUUAUGAAUUCAAAUAGAAAAGAGCUGCUGAUCUUUUUAUGAACUGUACUGCGUUUUGUACGAGCCUUUUCCUACAGUCAUGUAUCAGAAUUGAACAUGGCGAGACGGACUGUGGUUGAGCGACCUCACGCAAGGACGCCUCCAUGUUCGGAUGUUUUAUUGUGGAAGAGGUGCUGAAGGCUGAAGAUAUGCAGCUUACACUGGACUUACAGGGUCAAGCAUUCCCACUGGAGAUUGCACUCUUCGGGCAUGCAUCUGAGCCGCAGCAGAACUGCUUCUAAAUCUUCUGCAAGAAGAGGAAGGAAAGCCACGUGCACUAAACCUGCACGUCAGUGACACGGGUCUGAAGUCCUGCAGAGAUCCCUCAUAGUAACCUGGAUUUAAGCAUUUGCAGCAUGGGCAGAAAAUGGGAGUGAAGUGGACAAACGUAACCCCUGACCCUCUCUGACCCCCCGCCUCACAAACUCACUGUUGUUCUCAUCUAAAACUGUAGAGUUUGCAGGAUAUGAACAACAGUGAGUUCCUGCAACAAGUUUCCGGUCAGACCAUCAGUCUGUGUGUCACUUCUACAAAAUGCUGGUCUGUCUUUAUAGGGUCUGCAUGUUCUCCCAUGCAUGCAGGUGGUAGGGGGGUUCCAGGGUCUUCAACUCCCAGUCCUAAACAUGUUUCACUGAUUGAAUGGAGACUAGAGUGAGUGCUGGGCUGUUUGUCUCCCUGAGAUGGUCAGGAGACCUGAAAGCUGAGAUUUCUCCCUCAGAACUAGAAGAAUCAAGUAUUCAUGCCUGUGCACGAGGAGAACCCCCGCUCCCAACGAGUCUUUUGAAGGUGUAAGAAGGACAUGCAGACUGACCGCAAAGUGUGAGUUCAGGUCAGGGAACACACCAACUCUUAAACCUUUUAAAAGCAGUUAAAGCAGCAAAUCCACUUUUCCAGGCAGACCAAACUGCAGGAGAAGAGACAUUUCUUUUAACCUGCUCUUCAUGUUUUUGCUUUCACUGAUUUCCCUCUGCCUCUGGUCUGCUCAGAGCUGUGUGUCUGCAGCUUCCAUCUCCUCAUGAGACACACAGACUCCUCAUUCAGUUGACCCUAACACGACUUAAAGCACAAUUCUAUCACUUAUGGUCAGCCAGUAAACUGGACAUCAGCUAAAUGUGUUAUAACAAAGAUGUUCACUCCUGAAAUGCUCAAAUGCAAAACAAAUCAAUCUGAAAUGAUGUGAUAUGAUCUGUUUUUCUCUUUUAUACAUGACUUUCUGUUUUCAGCUGCAGUUUUCUGACCAUGGCAUGAGUUUGUUCAUGUUUCUGCUGUAAGUUUAUGGUCAUGAGUUGCAAUGUGAAUUUUUCAUUUGACUUGUGAAAUUUGUACAAAUUCCAUUGCGCUGGUGUUGGCAUCUCUGAAUAAAUCCUGUGUUCUAACAUUGA